UUUCCCAACCAGUGGUCUCCAGUAAAAGCUGAAUGAGUCUCAGUUUGUGGAAAAGGCUUUGGUUCAUAGUGACAACCAGUACUUAAAUAUUAAACAGUCCAGGGAAGCACACAUUGUUUGUCCUCCAUUCGAGAGAAACAUUUGUGGUAGAGCAAGAAACAAAAGAGGAGCCUAUGCUUCAGGGCAAAACAGGGACAGCCCCUUGUGUGUGUUUGUGUGUGUCUAUGUGUGUGUGUGUGUGUGUGUUUGUGUAAGUGUGUACAGCUGCCAUCCCACCUGGCUCAUGCCACACAGAACGCCAUGGAGAAACAGACACAACUCACUGAAGUUUGAUCCAGUGCCCUGAAAACUCGGCCACACCUGAUGUCUGACAUGGGCAGAACUGUGAAUGGACGAUCGCAGCGAGAAUUGCAACCAACCGUUGGUAACCUUUAGAUUCGGAGCCUAAAGACAAGCAGGAUGUCUGAAGAGGAGGCUCCAGUGGAUGGGCCGGUGUCUGUGGCCCCAGUGGAGAGGUGUGAUGUGGAGGCAGUGCCAUCCAGGGACAGCAGGAAGCUGGACUGCAUCAUCUGCUACAGCGCCUACAACCUGUCUGACAGACUGCCACGUAAACUCUACUGCGGCCACACCUUCUGCCAGGCCUGUCUGUGCCGCCUCGACACACUCAUCAAUGACCAGAUGUGGAUCCCAUGUCCCCAGUGUAGGCAGAAUACACCUCUGCCUCGUGGGGGCGCCACCGGGUUGGACUUGGACCUAGCAGCGUUCCUGGGUGUCAAAGCUGAGGUGGAGAACCAGAAAGCCAAUAGCCACCAAAAAGGGGGGGCCCAGUUACAAGAGAAGCCUUCGUUCAUUAAGCAGCCAAUCACAGACCAGCCUCCCUCAGCCUGGGCGAACGUGGCCGUGACAGAGCCACGGUUCAGCCGCAGCCCCUGCUGUAGGCGCUGCUGUCUGCUGUGCUGCUGGUGCUGCUAGUCUUCCUCCAAUCAGAGGCCUUGCUACACCAUACAACCUCUCACUAUUUAGUCUGAAAGGUAUGACACCAUCAAACGUGACAAAAGUCAGCCGUUACAGAGAUGUACUAUGCUCGGAAAAGAAAGGUCUACAGACUGGAACGUUGUGAACACCCCUAAAUGGUGAGGCUGGCAGUGUGGUUGUUUCAGAUAGGUCCUGCUUUACCAACCACUCCUUUCAGCGAACAUGAACUGGUCUGGACAGGGUAACAAAUAGAGGAUUUUUUUGGUCAACGACCUGAGUGUAAGACAUGGAUGAACUGAAUGCAUUGACUUUGGAAUCUGUAAAGCUCCACUCAAAAGAUGACUGAGAUGUCUGCGUUAGCAUCAAUGUGUUCGAGCUUCGCAAAAAAGCAGAUCUACAGAACAGCUCAGGAAGACCCAGAGGGAACCUGUCCGUCUGCUAAUCAAAUGUGCAAACGCUAGCUUGUCUUAAAAACCAGGUUUGAACUCCAGUCAGAGGGCAGAGAUACAAGCAAACUGAUAAAUAUU